UCCAGUCAAAAAACGAGCCACGGACACUCGAUUAAAUACCACGCGUCGAAGGCGAACUACCUCUUGUUGACAUUUCAUGGAUAUUGGAGACAGGGAAAACCACCGCAACGAGGAUUUUCCACGAAAACCAAGGGCGCCACCUCAACACCUAGCAACUGGACCACUUUCAGCAGUUUUGGCUUUCGCAGGUGACACGGCAGCUCUGACACACACACUGCGCGGAGCGCUCGAGCUACCUAUCCUCCCGUGACACCUUCCCCGCAUUCUCUAGGCCUUUCUAGGCCUCAGCAGAAGCGGCGUAUCCAGCAGCAGGCCGCCUGCAGCCGGUAGUAGCCCCGUGCCUGCCCCGAGCCCACCCCGCCAUUGGCAGGGGCUUCCCUAACUUGGAAAUCAAUAAUAGAACAGCCAACAUGCCACACCGGGUAGCCAACUUCUUCCGGUCGUCGACCCAUUCCCUGGAGCACCAAGUUUCGAAUUUCACCAAAAAGUCAUCCUCGGGUUCCCGGAGACGGGCUUCCCCACCCGGCAACGGAAGAAGUACGGGCUCAGAGCUAGUGGCCUAUACAUCUGAAGAGGAGCUUGACGAUUCCCAUGCUCCGCCCUACGUUCCCCGCUUGAAGAUGGGCGACUCCCGGACCAGCAGUUUUACCUCGGAUUCACACAAAGAAAAGGAUCAUGGGCACCACCACCGGCUCUCGUUUCCCGGCAUGCAUUUUGGGCGGUCCAACAAGGAGAGCCAUGUACACACCCCCGCCUCGCUGGACUGGAAGCUCGAGUCUCCGCCCAUCGUCAUGUACGGGAAUGCCGAGAACAGCACCGGCGCUCUGCUAUCCGGGCAGCUCUUUCUCCACAUCAAGGAUGAAGUCCUGGAGAUCGAAUCGUUUACAGCGACGCUCACUAUCCGGGUAUCGCAAAAGAAGCCUUUUGCCAACCAUUGUGCCGAGUGCACCAGUCAGUGUACCGAGAUCAAAAAAUGGUCUAUGCUCGAGCACCCCUUGGUGAUGAUGAGAGGCCAACAUUCGUUCCCAUUCUCUGUGCUCAUGGAGGGCCAUUUACCUGCCAGCAUGGAAACUCCUCUCGUCUCGAUCUCAUACGAGUUCAAAGCCGAAGCCAUUCCCAGGAGCAACGGCAUCACCCCGGUACCGCCCAUCAGGCUCGAAAAGGUGCUCGAUGUCAAACGCAGUCUCCCAGCAUCCGAGAUACCACAUCACUCCAUCCGAGUGUUCCCUCCCACCAACAUCAAGGCCAGUGCGCACUACCCUCACGUCAUACACCCGAUUGGAAGCUACACUUUGGCACUUCGACUGGAUGGAAUCUCUAAGCUCAAUCCAAGGGUGAACACGAUAGAAUACUGGAAACUCAAGAAGCUCACGUGGCGACUGGAGGAAACGAUCAAGACGGUAGCACCGGCAUGCGGUCGGCACAGUCCCAGAUUGGGAGAUAGUGAGGAGGGUGCGCAGCCCAAGAAAGGCAUCGUUCGUAGCGACACGCGGAUCAUUGGUGAAAAGACGCUGUUCUCGGGCUGGAAAAGUGACUAUACCAGCGCCAAUGACGCCAAGGUGGAGCUCGAGCUGGAGUACAGCCUAGGGAAGCACGCCAGGUCUGCCUGUGAUACCAAGAGCCAGGAUGGGACCGAGGUGAGUCACCAGCUGAUGGUGGAGAUGGUGGUCUCUCAGGAAUGGGCGCCAGUGAACAAGCCCUCUCUGGUCACUCACACCGGGGUUGGACGCAUCCUGCGCAUGCAUUUCGGCACCAUUUUGACGGAGCGUGGGGGCAUUGGGAUCAGCUGGGAUAACGAAGCCCCGCCUAUUUAUCAAGAUGUGCCCCCCAGCCCGCCCGCUUAUUCUCAAGAAACCAAUCUGCACAGCGACGCGUCAAUUGCCGAGAUGAUUGAGCCACUGGAUGGCGCUCUGACAGCGGGCCCGGUGCACAGGUUGGUGGUGGAAGAGGAAGGAGGAAGCUCUCGCGGUCAUCGGAGGGCAAGUUCUGAAGGGAGGUGAAAAGCCCCUUUCAGCUGGGCCCGGACGUUCCACUGCAGUCAGACUGGUGGGAAACCUCCACCCUAUGGUCAACAAGCGUGCAUUUUCGAAAAGGGAGACGGCGAGCAAUGGGCUUGACAGCGGCGUUUAUUUGUUUUGUUUGCAUUAUACCCCUGGGAACAGCGUCAGCAGCACGCAUGGCAGUUCUAUCUACAAUCUUGCAAUUUGGGCGUUUUUUUCUGUUUGGACUUGUUUCAGGGACUCAAAAAAAGGAAGGAGGAGCGGGGAUGAGAGCAAUCGGUCAGUUUGGUGUCUAUAGAGCAAGAGUUGUUGCGUCUUCAAAGGGUCUGGCAUCUCCUCGGCUGGAGCAUUCAAGAAAAGGGCGUUGGGAGGCAAGGAAAUUGAAAAAGGGGAAGGGUCUGCAUCUGUCAUGAUUCAUGGCCAUGAUCGAGAGAGUGGGAACAAAGGUGUAUAUAUAUUGUACAUACUCCCACAAUGAAAACAACACGAACAUAAGAGUCUAUUGCUCUUUUGCUUUU